UACGAGUUGGUUUGGUUUUUGACAUAUAAUUUACGACAACCGUAAUUGAUUCAGUUUCCGUAAGCAUGGCGAGCGAUAUAUCCCAAGAAACUGUUCCAGUCAGUGAAGGUUCAUCCAAAGAGGGCAAUGGUGAGAAGGACUUGACCCACACAGUUGCCAAGCACUACAACGAGCUGCAAGAGGCUGGUCUACAGACAAGAACACAGAGUCGAAUCUUCUACUUGAGAAAUUUCAACAACUGGACAAAAAGCAUACUUAUUGGUGACAUUUUGAAGAGACUGAAGAGUGAGAACCCUCCGGAUAAAACUAUAGCUGUCCUUGACCUUUGCUCAGGCAAGGGAGGUGAUCUCCUGAAAUGGAAAAAGGGAAGGAUUGACCGACUGGCAUGUGCAGAUAUUGCCGAGACAUCAGUGGAACAAUGCGAGUCACGUUACCAGGAGAUGAUUGACAGGAACAAUAGAGACAGAUACCCACAGAAGAUAUUCCAGGCAGAGUUUAUUGCUGCAGAUUGUACCAAGGUACGGCUGCGGGACCGCUACAAGGACCCUUCCAUCUUGUUUGAUGUGGUGAGCUGCCAGUUCUCAUUCCAUUACUGCUUCGAGAGUCUGCCACAGGCAGAGAUGAUGCUCCAGAAUGCCUGUGAGUGUCUCCGACCAGGAGGAUACUUCCUUGGAACCACACCAAACUCAUUUGAACUGAUUCGCAGAUUGAGGGACUCCCCCGACAACUCUUUUGGUAACGAGGUCUACCGGGUGACAUUCGAGUCUGACAGCAAGGAAACCUUCCCAUUGUUUGGUGCCAAGUAUGACUUCCAUCUGGAGGGAGUUGUGGACUGUCCUGAGUUCCUUGUGUACUUCCCAGUCUUAGAGAAGUGAGCAGACGACAACACAUCUACAAAGUAUGGUAUGAAGCUUAUAGCAAGAAAACCUUUUGCUGAUUUCUUUGAAGAAAAUAAAAAUGGAGAAGGCAGGUCCCUCUUGGGAAAGAUGCAGGCACUUGAGGCCUACCCUGCAGAUUCUGGCACAGAUCUUGUCAGCUCCGUUCCAGACAACUACAAACACGCUGUGAAUUUCCUCGAGGCAAAUGACAACUCUGGAGAUGGGGGUCGUAAACCUAAAGUGGGUACUCUGUCCAAAGAUGAGUGGGACGCAGCAACCAUAUACUGCACCUUCAUCUUCAAGAAGCUGGAUAAGGAGGAAGUGGAAGAUCAGACGACAGAUGAGCCCCGCCAGGCUCCUAAGAGAAAGCUGGAGGAUGCACAGGAGGGGCCUGAAGAUGAAUCUCCACACAAAACACAGAAGGUGAACGAAUGACAGCCUGUGCUGGGGACUCUGGUGUGAAUUCCGAGAUGAACUGUGGGAUAACAUCAGCUCCUUGAGCACCACCUGCCCAACUGCAUCAUGGGAAAGCCAGUGCCCAUGAUCCCGGUGCCUAGCGUGGGAUACUUGUUGUAACCAUGGUAUCAAGAGCUUACAUGCCUCACUUAUGUUGGUGGUGCAACUUCGACAAUGAACUUUGACAUCUUGAGAUUCCUGGAUGGAAACUGGAGCUUCUUGAUAUUUACAGCAGAAAAUUAAAUUUGAUGUGUAUUGUACUCACCAGAGACGAGUGAGGUUUCAUUGACAGUAAAUGUGUCAGAGAUGUGAUGGACAAUUUGCUGUAAUGUUGGUCUAUAUUGGUAUAUAUGUGCUCUGUGUAUGGUCAGUGAGAGAAAUACUAGAUGAACUAUUUGUAAGAUGUUGGAUGAUGCCCAGAAGGGGUCAGUAUCCAGUUAUUUAUUCCUGUAAUAUCUCCAUCACAUGUCAGAACUGUCUCAGAUUUGGACAUAUUCAGCUAAUUUAAACCAAUGCCAUGAUCUAAUAGCUCCAAGUGGCAUUAAAUCAGAUUCAUUCACCUACUCUUUCCAACCAAGAGCCAUAUGUGCUCCUUUCACAGCAAGUCAUUCAUUGUCUUCCAUAAACUAGUCUCAUUUUCAUGCCUUUGUAAAAUUGUUUCUAAUGUUAGUUCUGUAACCAUGGCAACCAUGUCAAAAAAUUAUCAGGACAUUUUUUUGCUUUGGCGUGUAGCUCCGAGGCAGUGUGCCCUAAACAUUUGUGUUCUGACUUAAAACUGAUCUGGCCCGAAGGUGCUUGACUGUUUUGAUUUUGUGUACAUAUACUUGCCGAUAUUAGACCAUCGUAAAUAUCCUCGCCAGGUGCAAUACAGUGAAGUGAUCUACUGACAACAUGACAAUGUUUGGUUUCCAUAGAUCAAACACACAAUACAGCAGAAUAGGAACUUAAGUGAGUACCAUCCAGUAAGUUACAGCAGAAUCCUAAUAUUUUAUCAGUGCUGGUAGUAUUACAUAACAUUUGCUUUUCUUUAGACCAAAAAAUUCAAAAUGUCUCACAUUAUGAAAUAAAUUCAGUUGUAAUCA